AUGGCAUUAGAGAAGGGGAGAGUGUGUGUGACAGGAGCUGGAGGAUACUUGGGCUCUUCGCUUCUGAAGCUUCUUCUUUCUAAGGACUACUUUGUCCAUGGAACUGUCAGAGAACCCGCGGAUGAGAAGUAUGCUCACUUGAAAAAAUUUGACAAGGCAUCUGAGAAUCUGAAACUCUUUAAGGCAGAUUUACUGGAUUACGACUCUCUUUCUUCUGCUAUUGAAGGAUGCCAAGGAGUCUUUCAUGUUGCCAGUCCUGUUCCCUCCACCACAGUAGAAGUGAUCGAACCUGCUGUAAAGGGCACAUUGAAUGUGCUCAAAGCAUGUGCUGAAGCGAAGGUUAAGCGAGUAGUGGUUGUGUCCUCUGUUGUUGCAGUGUACAUGAACCCAAACUCUCCCAAGGAUCAAGUGAUGGAUGAGAAUUGUUGGUCUGACAAGGAAUACUGCAGAACAACUAAGAACUGGUAUUGUCUUUCCAAGACAGAAGCAGAAAGCGCAGCUUGGGAAUGUGCAAAAAGAAGCGGGCUUGAUGUUGUAGUAAUUUGUCCUUCCUUCAUUCAGGGGCCAAUUCUGCAGUCUGCGGUCAGUGCAAGUAGCAAGUUUCUUAUUAAGCUCUUGAAAGAAGGGUAUGAGUCAAUGGAAAACAACCUUCGGCACCUCGUAGAUGUUCGCGAUGUUGCUGAAGCACUGCGUUUGGCAUAUGAGAAACCCGAGGCAGAAGGGAGAUAUAUAUGCACGUCACAUGCAAUCAGAACAAAAGAUAUUGUGGAGAAAUUGAGAAAUAUAUAUCCUAACUAUAAUUAUCCUAAAAGCUUCACUGACGCAGUGGGAGGAAUAAAGCUGAGUUCAGAAAAGUUAGAGAGGCUAGGAUGGAGCUACCGUCCAUUGGAGGAAACUCUUAUUGAUUCCGUGGAAAGCUUUCGGAAGAAUGGACUGUUGGAUUAA